GAUUCAUCACGGCUGCAGCAGCCCACCACCGGACCCUGGAGCAGUUGCAGCAGGCCCAGGAGAGUUCCGGAUCUUCGGCCCUGCCUCGAAGUACAAUGAGCUCGACCCGCUGAAGCACGGGAUCCAGGAAGGCCUCGUCAAGCACGCCGAAGGCAUAGCGAAGCAUGCCAUCCGUGAAAGCUUGGCCAAGUCGUCACCCUACAGCAUGGGGUGUUCAUCAACGUUCCGCUCACUCGCGCAAUUCCGCACUUUGGAUGUGUCCAAACUCAAUCGUGGCCGCCACAACUGGCAGAAGAUUGAUACCUUCCAGACACCAUUUGGACAUCUUGGCAGUGAGAAGUGUCCGGACGUGGAGGAUCUGGGCAAGGCGACCUGUGGGCGUUGCCACUACAGCUUGGAGACAUUGCAGUGCGUGAUGGCAGACAUGAUGGCAGACAUGCUGCGGAAGACCGAAAUCUCGAUAAUCAAGGCCAUUCAGGAGUUCCAUCCAGUGCCGCCAGGCCCAUCAGGCCCAGGCCCGGACCCACCGGACCCAGGCCCAGCGAUGCCAGUGGUGCCAGCGCUGCCGGUGGUGCCAGACUCAGGCCCAGGCCCAGGCCCAGGCCCAGGCCCAGGCCCAGGCCCAGGCCCAGGCCCAGGCCCGGUGGAGCCAGGCCUUUCCAGCCCGCCAGAGUUGCACACACGGAUCGACCCUUUGCAGGUUCAAGUGGACGCAUUGCACGUGAAGGUAGAAACGAUGUUGGAGGUGGUGGAAGCACUUCGUGAUGAAAAGCACGCUCAUGACAUCCCAACUGUUCUAGCAGAGAUUCGGGAAACGACGAAGACAAUGAAGACUGUAUUUGACGGCCACAAGCCUACGCUGGACUUGUCGGAGGUGGUGAAAGCCAUUGAUCUACCCAGAAUAUGCGCAGAGGUACGGGCUGCCGUGCGUGAUGACAAGAAGCCCGGCGUGGAUAUGCCAGAGGAGCUGAAGGCCAUUCACGCUAUCUUGGAUGAGGUCAGGGCUAUGCAGACGUCUUUCGUCGAGGACAAGAAGCGCAGCAUGGAGUUGUCAGGCGUGGUCGAAGACGCGCUUGAGAAGAAAUGCGUGUCGACGCUGACAGAGAUGAAGGCCACACUCACCGGCAUCCUCGAAGACAGGAAGCAUGGCGUGGUCGUCAUUGCGGCGACUUUGGCGGAGAUGAUGAAAACGUUAGUUGCCAUCCGAGAUGACAAGAAGCCCUGCGUGGAUAUGCCAGAGUUGAGGGCCAUUCACGUUAUCUUGGGUGAGGUCAGGGCUAUGCAGACGUCUUUCGUCGAGGACAAGAAGCGCAGCAUGGAGUUGUCAGGCGUGGUCGAAGACGCGCUUGAGAAGAAAUGCGUGUCGACGCUGACAGAGAUGAAGGCCGCACUCACAGGCAUCCUCGAAGACAGGAAGAAGCAUGGCGUGGACGCCAUUGCGGCGACUUUGGCGGAGAUGACGAAAACGUUAGUUGCCAUCCGAGAUGACAAGAAGCCCUGCGUGGAUAUGCCAGAGGAGUUGAGGGCCAUUCACGUUAUCUUGGGUGAGGUCAGGGCUAUGCAGACGUCUUUCGUCGAGGACAAGAAGCGCAGCAUGGAGUUGUCAGGCGUGGUCGAAGACGCGCUUGAGAAGAAAUGCGUGUCGACGCUGACAGAGAUGAAGGCCAUGCUGGCCAGAAUCUUCGGGGAGAUUUCGGCCGUGCGGACAGCUUUCUCGCAGGACAUGAAGCCUGGCAUUGACCCAGAGGAGGUGAAAUCGGCUAUUGAUGCUCCCAGGAUCGUGGCGGAGGUGCGUGCCACAGUCAUCGAAGUUCUGGACCGAAAGGCACAAGCCACUUGCGAUGCGAUGCGGGGCCAUGACGUUCCCAAAGCAUUAGCAGAGAUCAGCGCCGCUCUGACAGCCCUUGUCCUGGCCAGGUCUGAGUCGGCUUGGCCAGAGGUGCUGCGCGCCAUUCGUGAUCAGAAGAGCGAACAUGACGUUCGACUGGUUGAGAUUGAGACCAAGUUGAACGUGAUCCUUCCAAAGGUUGGCGUAGACGUUUCGGAGCUCUUGAAAGCUGUUACAGAAGUAAAAACCACGCUGAGGGUUCUUCACGAUGACAGGAAGCCUGUUCUUGAUCUCAUUCAAAGUGCACAGUCGAGCAUCGAGUCGAAAUCUAGCGAUCACCAUUCUGCUCUCCUCGGCGUCAUGCAAGCCAAUCAGCAAGCUCUGGUCGCCAUCUGUCAGGAAAGGUCUGACACCUAUAGCUCUGCAGUGCUGGCAGAUAUCAAAGACAAGCAGCUGUCAGUCGAAACAGCAUUGGCGGCAAUUCACGAGGUAAAUGCCAAACACAGCGUGGACUUGGGCAAGGUGCUGCACGCAAUACAAAGCCAGACAUGCCAUGCCGAGUGUGCUUCGCUGGUCCAGCACCUCGAAUCGAAGGUCACAGAUCUGGGCAAGAGCAUCGGAGACAGGCAGUUCGACAUUGGCUUCACAACCGUGCUGCAAGCUGUGCAGUCUUCGCAGGAUGAGGUGCGCAAAGAUCUGCACCGCGUGCGUGAUGCCAUUUCAAACGUUAGCGUCACUUUGGCCGCCCGCAUCACAAGCAUGGGCUCGGACGAGAAGUCCGAUGCGAGCAAGGUAACGAACUUCGUCGAUGGCCUGCACCUCUCCUUGAAUGCAAAGCUCCAGGUUUACCACCAGGAAGUCAAGGAUCUCUUGCAGGCCAUCAGAAAGCUGGCGCAGCAUGGGCGAGAGCAACUGCCCGUCGUGAUUGGCACUUUGAAGACAACUGUUCGGGCAUCUCCUCCCUAA